GUCACAGUGAAUUAUAUACAUUUUAAGAGAAAUGCCAUGGCGGCCGUGGUGCAAUUUAGAAAUAGCCCAAAAAUCCGCAACCACUACAUUUUCACCCGCAACAUCGUUUUGAAAGUAAACUGCGUGGUUGCAACUUGGCAACACUGAUAGGGGUAGAUAGCGAGGAUCAUUUUGUUCUAGAACCUUUGACUAUCGCACAACAACUACGUCACCACUACGGUCUUAUCAGAUAAAUGACACAUUUAAAAGUAAAAUAGACUUUUGGUCACAUUUUGUCAGUGUUCGAGUACAGUUAUUUUGGAUAUUACAUUUUUCCAUUCAUGAAAUCCAUUCUCUCAUUCAAAUUCUGGCAUUGGCUUAUUAAGUGUUUAUCUACGAACUAGAUUUUCGGUACUUCCUGGACACGUCGACGUAGCAGCCAGAAACCAGAAAUCUUUUUACCGAAAGAGUCAAUUCAUAUUGAAUUAUGGAGACAUUAUACGGUCUACCUUUCGCAGUGUUGGAAUGUCCAAAUAUAAAACUCAAAAAGCCAUCAUGGUUGCACAUGCCGUCGGCUAUGACAGUCUAUGCGAUCGUUAUUGUUUCGUACUUUCUCAUCACUGGAGGUAUCAUCUACGAUGUCAUUGUGGAACCACCUAGUGUGGGUUCAAUGACCGAUGAACAUGGGCACCAGCGGCCAGUUGCCUUUUUGGCAUACAGAGUGAAUGGCCAGUACAUCAUGGAAGGGUUGGCCUCCAGUUUCCUCUUCACAAUGGGAGGCUUGGGCUUCAUAAUCCUGGAUCGCUCCAAUGCCCCAAACAUCCCUAAACUCAACCGCUUCCUCCUGCUUUUCAUUGGUUUUGUAAGCGUCCUGCUCAGCUUCUUCAUGGCCAGGGUGUUCAUGAGAAUGAAACUGCCUGGGUACCUCAUGGGUUAAAGAUGGACACAACACAUUACCAAGACGAAGAAAGAAGGGCAAAGACAACUAUAACUUGCACAUUCACUGUUGAUUAUGGACUGAAGCUUCAAUUGAUUUAAGGCAGCCUAAACAUUUAUAACACAGAUUUAAAUUGCAAAUUUAGAAUUGACAGUAACAUCGUUCCCUAGAAAUAAGUAUUUGACCAUGUUUGAGUGACGUAUUAAAGGCCAGUGCAGUCAAAAUGA